AUGGAGGUUGUUGUAAUGGAAGUUCAAGGACUUAAAUCUUUACAACCAAAUCGAGUAGUUUAUUGUACAAUGGAAGUUGAUGGAUGUCCAAAACUUCAAACAGACCAUGCCGAAGCUUCUAAACCUUCGUGGGAUACUCAAGGAGAUUUUUGUACAAAACAUCCGUUACCAACAAUUAAAGUUAAAUUAUAUGCCGAAGUAAAAAACAUUGUAGCCUUUGAAGACAAAGAACUUGGAAAAGUUGUAAUACAGCCAACACCUAAUUGCUCUAGACAACCUGAAUGGUAUAAAAUGACUGUUCCAAAAAAUAGUUCCGAUAAAAAUUUGGGAAUUAGAAUUGCAAUUCGUGUUGAAAAACCUCCAAAUUUAAAAACUUGUGGAUAUUGUUAUGGAAUUGGGAGAGUAGCUUGGAAAAAAUGGAAAAGACGGUUUUAUUGCCUUGUUCAAGUAUCACAAUAUGCCUUCGCUAUGUGCAGUUACCGUGAGAAAAAGUCUGAACCUACAGAAUUUGUGCAAUUAGAUGGCUUUACUAUAGAUUAUGUACCUGAACCAGAUCCUGAGCUUUACAAUCAAGGCGGGAAAUAUUUCUUUACUGCUAUCAGAGAAGGAGACGAAUUAAAAUUUGCAACGGAUGAUGAAAAUGAAAGAAAUCUUUGGGUACAAGCUUUGUACCGCGCAACGGGACAAGCUUAUAAACCUGUGCCUCCAAAGCAAUCUGUAUUAGCCUCAAAAACACAAGGACUACAAGAUAAAGCUUCAAAACAUGGUGAAUAUAAGAGUUUAGGCAUUACAAGUUAUUUUUGGUCUAAAAGCAAGGGGAAAAUGAUACACAUAAAGGAAUUUAAGGGAUCUAUUUGUUUGGAUGAAUUAAUCCAAGCAGAUCCAGUUCAAAUGGCUCAUGACCAUUUAUUUGCUAAAUUGCAGAGUAUGGCCUUAGAUUAUAGAUUAAAUGACCCAAUCUGUUCUUUGGGUUGGUUUUCUCCCGGUCAAGUUUUUGUAUUAGACGAGUAUUGUGCUAGAUAUAUGGUUAGAGGAUGUCAUAGACAUGUGUCUCUGUUAAAUGAUUUAUUAAAUAAAGCAGAUGAUGGGCAUUUAAUAGAACCAACUUUAAUACAUUAUUCUUUUGCUUUUUGUGCUUCUCAUGUACAUGGAAAUAGACCAGAUGGUGUAGGUACAGUUACAUUAGAAGAAAAAGAACACUUUCAAGAAGUAAAAGAACGUUUAAAAGUUUUAUUAGAAAAACAAAUAACCAAUUUUCGUUAUUGUUUUCCUUUUGGAAGGCCAGAAGGAGCACUUAAAGGGACACUUUCUUUGUUAGAAAGGGUUUUAAUGAAAGAUGUUGUUUCUCCUGUCCCCCCUGAAGAAGUUCGUUCAGUAAUUAAAAAAUGUUUGGAAGAAGCGGCAUUAAUUAAUUAUACAAGAAUUUGUAAUGAAGCUAAAAUUGAACAAAGAAUGGGUGUUGAUAUAAGUCCACAGCAAAGAAUAGAAGAUAUGAUUAGAAUAACUGAAUUAUGUAUAGACUUGCUCAAAGAAAAUGAAGAACAUCAUGGAGAGGCUUUUGCCUGGUUCUCUGAUCUUUUGGUUGACCAUUCAGAAAUAUUUUGGACUUUAUAUUCUGUUGAUUUGGAUGCUGCUUUAAAAAUGCAACCACCAGAUUCUUGGGAUGCUUUCCCCCUUUUUCAAUUGCUCAACGAUUAUUUAUGUACAGAUCCAAACUUAAGAAUGGGACCUUUCCAUAGAAAUUUGGUAGAACAAUUCGAGCCGAUGGUCAAACAUUAUAUUAAUUUAAUGGAGAAUAGUAUUGCUUCUUCAAUUGAUAAAAACUUUCAAAGAGAAAGAUGGGAAGUUAGAAAAGAUGGUUGUUCAACAUCAGAAGAUAUUUAUUGGAAACUUGAUGCCUUACAUGGUUUUAUUCAAGAUUUGAAUUGGCCAGCAGAAAUAUUUGCAAUGGAGUUACAGGGAAGAAUGAGAAGUUUAUCAUCUGAAAUGAUUUCUCGUUGUGCUUGUUGCACUUAUCAAUGUUUCGACCAAUUUAUGCAAAGAGUAAAGAAAUCUUUGGAUUGGAUUUUACCCUCAGAAGUUUGUGUUAUGGUUAACGUUGUUUUUGCUUCUAAAGCUAGAGCUGCUAAAUUAAAUGGGGGUGAACAUGCUCUUUUUGCAUUAGAUGAUACUCUUGAUACAAUGUUGGCAGAUAUGGGGACAAUAAUUGAAGAGAAAUUGCUUUCAAUUCUUGAAUUUACUCUUUCAAGAUUGGCUAGAUAUGAUGAGGGUAAUCCAAUUGGUGCAUUAUUGUCAAUGGCCCCAAAACCAAAUACAAUAUUUAAUAAAAUGAGAAAUUUGGUUGGAGAAGGUUCUUCCCCAACUAAUCAACCACAACAACAUUCACUUCCCUUAAAUCAACAAAAUUUAAAUCAAAAUAAUUCUGCUGGGGGUGCUUCAUCUGCACAUUUGGGGCAAUCUUAUGUACAUUUUAUGCGUGGAUCUUCUGAACAAAUUCAACAAGUUGUUGCUGAUGAAGUUUGGGUUAAUAGAUUGUUACAGGAGUGGUAUGCCGGGCAAAUGCGAAUGUUAAAUGAAUGGUUAACAGAAAGACUCCAACAAUCAUUAUCUCCCUAUCAAUUAACAUGUCUCUCCUUUAUGUUUAAAAAAAUUUACUCAGAUUUUGAAUUACACGGAAUAGACGAAGAACAAUUAAAUAGUAAAAUAUAUCAAUCAGUUCAACGUCGCCUUCAAUUAGAAGAAACAAAUUCGGCUUUAAAUGAAUCUUCUAAUCGAAUCCACCACUCUUCUGGACCUGGAAGGGGGGCACUUGGAGGGUUUACAAAUCAAUUGGGGCAGUCUGCUUUGUUUGUUUUUUUAAUUAACCAGUAA